AUGGCACCGUCGAUAGUGCACCUCCCCAACGGCCAGACCUUAACCGUCACCCCCGUCUUCGGCGGCAUCCAAUUCCGCGCCAACGACCUCAACACCCACCACAACGCCUUCCCCCCCGGCUGGACCAUCGUGAUCAACAGCGAAGAUGACGAGGAUGACCACGUACCGAUGCCGUCAAUGGCAGCACAUACUCACGCCGACCCCGAUGCGACACCGCGAGCCGAACAACCCGCACCACCGCAGCAGAAAAAACAACACCACAUCCACCGCUUCCGCAAACCGAGCCUGCGCAACGACCACAUGUUCAUCUCCUCCAUCUCCUACCCUCCCACCUCCGACUUCCGCCCGGCCACAAGCGCCACCCGGCAGAUAGCCAUGAUGCUCUGGGCGACGCUGUGGUGGUACUUCCACCAACCCCGACCCGCACCUUACCUCCUCACCCCCGCCAGCGCGCAGACCCCGGAAGAGGGCCGACCAAAAGCCGACUGGCGCGUCAAUGUCAACCGGGAGGGGAUCUUCAAGGGCAAACAUCUCCUCCCCAAACUGGAACGGAUGGGUUUGAUCGCCUCCGAGGACUCGAGUGUAGGUCUCGAUCCCGACGACGGCGUGACGAGUACGGGCGAAGCAUGGACCCGCAUGUUCGUCUCCCAACGCACCUUCUGGCAACUCGAUGCACGAAUCUACCUCUUCACCAUCGCCCCGCAACCGGGCAACUCCCCCUACCCCUCCGUCAGCGUCAGUCCCGCUCACAGUCGUCCCUCCAGUCCCAGCCGUAACAGCAACACCACUGGCACCGGCGAGGCCAUCAACACCAUCAGCUCCUCCGCCGGACUAGGCUUGCAGGCGGGCUCCGCAGUCCCCUCCCACCUCACCCGCAGUGUGAACACGCCCACCGCGCCACCCGGUCCAUUCACGUCCAGCUCGCAUCUCCCGACUUUCUACCCGCCUCCGCCACCUCAGUUCACUUUUACGAACGGAAUCCGGCAUCCCAUCCGGCCUAAGCCGCCGAGGCAGGGUGAGACGUUUUAUACCCGCUACAUCCCUAGCUUGGGACAGUACCUCAGUUUCCGCGUCGCUUCACUCUCCAAAACGGCGUGUCCGUACCGCGGACCUACUUCGGAGAACCCGACAGCAGCGGCGGCGGCGGGGACGCGGGAGAGUCUAAGGAGUAGUGGGACGAGCUUUUCCGAUUCCGCCCUCCUGCACAAAUGGAUGAACGACCCCCGCGUCUCGCACUCCUGGGGCGAGCACGGUCCCAUCGCGCACCAAGAAGCCUUUCUCAAACACAACCUCGCGAGUCGGCAUUCCAUCCCAGUAAUCGGAUGUUUCGACGGCCAUCCCUUCGGGUACUUCGAAAUCUACUGGGUCAAGGAGGAUCGACUCAGCGCUCACCUCGGUAAUAGUGGUAACAGUGGUGGGGGGUGCGGCGACUGGGAUCGGGGAUUGCACGUUCUCGUCGGCGAGCAGGAGUUUCGCGGCCAGCAUCGAGUGAGGGUUUGGUUGAGCGGGUUGGUGCAUUAUUGUUGGUUGGCCGACCUGAGGACGGGCGGGGUGUUGAUGGAGCCGAGGGUGGAUAAUGGGAAGUUGAGGCGGUAUUGUGAGGAUGUCGGCUUUUAUCGCGAGAAGGAGGUCGCUUUCCCCCAUAAGCAGAGUAAUUUGAUGAGGAUUCAGCGGGAGGCGUGGGAGGCGCCGGCGCUGUGA